GUUCGGACUUGCAGACCGCGGUGGAUAUGAUGUGCCUGAUGGCAGAGAGCGCCGAGCUUCAGUUUACUUCCUUGCCGAACGGGCAAGGCGACUGGCUCCGCAGGCGGGGCCAGCUGAGCGACCGAGGCGACGCUUCAACCACCCGGGACAGAAAGGUGUCGGUCGAGACCAAGGGGAUCUACAGCGGCGUUCGCGUUGGCGCGUGGGUGAGACCUCAGGCGCAGACCUUCGUCAUCUCUCCUACCUCGCCGAUUUGCUUCCUGCGCUGGGCGCCCUUGAUGGAAGGGCGCCAGCUUGCGCGUGAGGGCCCGAAGAACGCGGACAACGCCAGAGUUCGCUCGCCUGUCGUGAACGGGAUUAAGGACUGCAGAGUCUACCGCUUCGACAUGCCAGACUUCGUGGUGGACUACCUGGUCUCGUUGGGGAACGACACGAAUACAGAAGCGUCGAGGAUGACAUUUUUGCAAGUGUACCGUUCUUCUGAGGGAGCCUCCGCCAGCUGGGCACGCGCGUGCGACGCUUCCGACAAGAUCUGGGCGGUCAAGGGUCUCGGGCAGGGCGUUUGCGAAUCCAAGAAGCUUCAGCGCGUCAAUUCUAUGUUCAAGGGCGGCGGCAGCGGCUCGACUAAGAGUAACCCCAGGUGGCCAUAUAUCAACGUGUUCGAGAAGUGCGCUUCGUUCUUCAGAAAUGCAAGCCGGAUCAAGCUCAAUAAUGGCGAUACUCUGUGGCUUGCGUACAACGAGUGGUGCCAGCGCUCCGCGGACUUUCCCGCAGUCCAGGCUGAUAUGACCAGGCAUAACAUUUUCAAGCACACCCGCGCAGUCCUUAAGGCCAUUGGUUGGUCGCACCCCGACCUCGCGCUGGAGAUUCUGAAGUGCCUCCUGCCUCGUUUGCCGAAGGCGCGGAAGUGCGGCUUGCUUCAGAACGGCUUUGCGCAUGUCGCUUCGUUGUCCGAGGACGCAGUGGCGGCGUUGGUGCCGCCCGUGAAUAGCGACAAGCUGGUGCAACAUAUCACGGACGAGGAAUCCCAGCAGGGUGAUGCCGUGGUGGCCCUCAUCGACGUCUUGGCCAAUCAGUGCAAGGUGACUUACCGCAUGGCUGCCGAGGAAGCGGACGUCGUCGCAGCGAUGUGUUAUACUUCCGUGCUGACAGGCUCGAUCACGGUGACUGUGCAUGCGAAGUCAGACGAGCCGUUCGCCCCCAAGGCGCUUUCGAGUUGGGCGGCCCUUCGGUGGACGAUCAAGAAGUAUGCAGCUUCCCGGACCACUGCAAACUGGGAGAUCGAGGACCCCGACUUCGAGGACUCCGACGUCGUGCCGAAUACCGACGAGCAGCCGUGCAAGAAGGCAGUGGAGUCCUGGAGUUCGGCUGAGGCGGUUGCGUUCUUGGCGAAUGAGGGCAGCGCCAGCGCGUUGCAGAAGGGAGUUGCUUUCUUCAACGCCAGCAAGGUCGACUCGGACCCGAACUGCCAGAUGGGCGUCACGUCGGCUACCAACUCGGCACUGAUGGGGGCGAUGACGAGCGUGGGCGAGCUGAGGUGCGACAGCAGCUACUUCGACGACGCCGAGAUUAGCGCGAUUGUGCCUGCGGCGGCUUGGUCGCACAUCUCGCACCUCCUGCCCGACGACCUCGCCUGCGUCUUCGACGCCAUGGAUCGCCUGAAGAAGCAAUCUGGCUUCGAGGCGUUGUUCAGCGCAGAGGCCUCUUCGGCAUGCGCUGACGCGUUCAAGUCGACUCUUCAUGCGAAGUACUGGCGCAUCAUCGUGCUGAGGAUGGGCGCCGCGCCAUUCAGGCGCAUGGUUGAACCUGACAGCACUGCAAUUGCGAUGCGGACUCUCGUGCCGAGGCAAGUGUCGGCAUUCGCUGAAAGCCUGCUAAACUCGGACUUCUUGGAAUUUCCCAAGGUGGUGGAGGACAGCCCAGAUAACCGUGUGACGGAGUCGUUCGCCAAGAAGCUGAUGAAUGAGUUGUUUGCUUGCCGCCAGUUCAUAGCGACGUACAACCUGGCAGAGUUCAACGUCAAGAACAGCGAGUGCGCCCUCAGGCUUCAGAAGAUGACUUCGGUGGAGCUCGCUCAGGCAGCUAAGGCGUCCAAGCUCGAGUGCCCGAACCUCAGCGUCUUUCCUGCGGAGCGCGGUGGGGUCGAGAUGAAGCUCGCUGCCAAAUUUCAGAAGGGCCACCAGGACGAGGCGCAGGCAGCUGAGUUGUGCGGAGUUGGCGUGUCAACUGGCGUGGCCGCAGCAGCGCUGUGCCGCCGCCUACGCGCCGCUCUGGUUCCAAAGCAGCAGCUGUCCCCGAAGAGAAAGGGGAAACAAAACCCUGACGGUCAACUUGUCGCGCUUGGCGCCGCAGACGAAGCCGGCCAGGACAAGAGAGGCGCGGCCGAGGUGUCCACCAUCUUCGCGCGCGCCAUCGAGGGCGAGAAGUCGCUGGCCGUGUGCAGUGGCGACGGGUUGAUCCUUGGAGGAGACGAUUCGGUACUGGUGAAGUUUAAGGAGAAGUCGGGAGCUACCGACGUGGGAGACCUUAGCAGCUGCGCGAUCGUCGCGAAGCUGCUUGAACUUGCAGCUGCUGGCGGGGCAUGCCUGAGCGCCCACGGCGAUGCCUACGCCACAUUGGGUACCGACAAGGCUGGCAACCAGAAGAUCGAGGAUAUUCUCCAGGCUUCGGAUGGCAAAUCUGACUUCCUCAUGUGGGGCAGGGUCGUGGCAAGGGCCGUGGCUAAGAACGUUGCGCGCCGAAAAUUGAUCCACCUGGGCUGCAGCCAUGGCGUUGAUCUGUUGCUCGAUGGGACUGGACACCUCGAAUGCUUGACGAGCGAUGCGUGCUAUGGCUGGUACGUCAAGCCAGUGGCAACGCCCAAGGCCAAGGCCAAGGCCUCGGCCAAGGCCAAGGCGAAGCCGAGCGUCGUGCCUCCAGAGGUCCCCACGCACUAUGUCAAGUACACGCCCUGGGCUACGCAGAUCAUUGUGAAUGACAAGAAGUAUGACUUCCUGUGUGCUCUCCCAACUCUCGUCGGGAUCGCUGAAUCAGAUUCCAUUGGCAAGCCUUUGAGGAGGGCGCUCAAUGACGUGGAUGCAGAC